AUGCGAAGUGAAAUUUUAAUUCAUUUAUUAGCUCUUCUUCUUUCAGCAAUUGCUCAGAAUAUUGAACCUGAAAAUAAUACAAUGGAAGCAGUUUCAUCAUCAUCACCAUCACCAUUAUCAUCGCAAACUGUACAGAUAAUAUCUAAUUCAGAAUCAGAAGCUGUUCCAUUAUCGCCUGAGCGAAGUUUUCCUAUCGAAAAAUUAGCAGAAACGAUUGCACCUCGAGAAAGAGGAUUUCCGCUUCCUGAAAUUCAAAGAGCUGUAGAGGUAGACGAUUCAAAAUUUAAAGUUCCUGAACAAAAAUCUUUAUCAACAACGUUGCCAUUCAUUACUGAAAUCGAUCGCGGUGCAACAACUAUCGAAGCGCAAUCCGAUGAUCUCAAAUAUCAAAAUGCAACACAACAAGAGAGGAGAAAUAAUGAUGAAACAUCGAUUUCGAGCUUAACAAAAAUACCAAAAUUAAGUUUGUCAACAAUUAGUGAAGCUGAUGUUAUCACUAAAAUGUCAGAACAUAUCGAAGAUGAAGAUGAAUUACCUCCAGAGGUUAGAGCAGAAGAUCCAUUUGCAGCAACAAAUAAUGGCCAAUCAAUAAUUUCAAAUUCAUCAAUUUCGCAACAAAAUAUCCCUCAUGUGAUUCAGAAUAAUUCUAAUUCAAAAAUGAAUUUGUUAGCUGCUUCCGGUUUUCUGAAUAAUUCUGGUAGUGUAUCGAAUGAAGCAAUGAAAGUGGACCAAUCAAGUACACUUGAUAAGGAUUUUAAUACCGAUACUACGGAUAUGACAUUCAAUAGAACUUCAGCAUCAUUAAAACCUGAACAAGAAACACCAAUUAGCCAAAUGACAAGUGAAACUACGAUGGCAUUAGGAAUUCAGAAGAUAUCACAAGCUGCUAUAUCUGAAAAGCAAAGUAAGAAUACUACUUCUUAUAUAACAGCUACGUUUGAAACAUCAAUUAUGGAAACAACGCCAGAUAUCAUCUCCCAAACUACUGCGUCUAAUAUCAUAACAUCAGUAGAACAGACUACAGGAAUUCCAGUGUUGCAUCCUAUCACAUCACAAAUAUUCAGUAUAGGUAAUGAUGAGCAAUCAACAAUGGCCAGACAAAUUGUCAUGGAUGGAAUUACGACUGUUGAUAUGUCGCAGGAAUCUGAAAAACAUCAUACUUCCCCAGUGGUUGAAAUGGUACCAACAGAAUCAUUCACUCAUUCAUCAUUUUCUCAACCAUCAGCUGAUGAUGCAUUUGUAACAGAAUCAUUAGCAACUGUAUCUUCUGAAAUAGAGCACCAAUGGGAAAUAACAAAGAUCCCAACCAUUUCAAUUAAAUUACCCCAAACAGUAACAAAAACAGCAACAACAACAACAACAACAACAACAACAACAACAAUGACGAUAAAUGAGUUCAGUACAGAUAAUGAAAAUGAGCACGGAGAGGAUGAUGAUGACGAUGAAAGUUUAUUUGUUGGAGACAAAACAUUAUUCAAUCAAGAUAACAUCUUUAAACCAGAUCUCAGUAGUACACAUUCAAUUACUGAAUUCACUUCUCCAACUGAAACAUCCGAGGAAAACUUUGGUGUUCCCGGUUUUUCACGUAUCGAAAGAUUAGGACCAGAAGCGACAGAAGAAAUCCGACAAGUGAGAAUCGAUGCUACGACACACAAUACAUUAUCAAACAUUGAAUCUAAGAUGCAAACAGAUGUGUCAAUUGAUUUACCUGCAAAUUUUAAUGAGCAUCACAACGAUGAACGUACCUCAGUUGAGAAAUCGCGAACAGUGACAAAUUUCCUCGAAGAGGGCGAUGACCUAAAAGAUAUCUCAGUAGUUGUUGACAGCUUUUAUCAUACAGAUAUCGAAGGAAUAGCUUCCACGUUUAGGCCUACUACCAUUGGUGAACGAAUAUUAGAACCGAAACUAAUGCCAAAACCUGAACCAAUACCUGAAGUUGUGCUAUUGCCAGAAAAUGGAGUAUUUGAAAAUUCUGAAUCAAAGAGCGAUUUUAAACCAAAACCUGAACCACAAUUUACUGUUAUACCUGAAGAUUCCAAUGAAAGUAAGAAUGAUUUAAAUGGUAUAUUACAUAUUGAUCGUACACAUAUUACAGCCAAAGAAGGAGCUUAUAAGGUACCAUUCUCAUUUCGUAUUACCAAUAUCGAUUAUAUCCCAGAAUUCGGUGAUCCAAAUAGCGGGAAAUACAAAAAAUUACAAGAUCAACUUCUACCAGAUCUCGAAGAAAUAUUUGGAUCAAUAUUUGGGCAUAUAUAUAGUGGAAUCCACUUGGUAAACUUUUUGAAAGGUAGUGUGAUAGUGGACGGUAUUGUCUAUACAUCAACAAAACCUGAUGAUAUGGAACAGUCGGCUACCGAAUUCGAACAGCAGAUUACUGCCAAAGAUUUACAAAUUGGUGGUAAUGAUGUGGAUCCGCGAUCGAUUGUACUUGAUGGAUUUAUAUCAAAGAACUAUGUUGAAAGAGUACACGAAGGUUAUACAUCAGAUAAUACAUCAUCAUAUAUUAUUGGAGGUUGUAUAGCUAUUGGUAUAUUAACGAUACUAUUGAUAGCAUUUAUUGUUAUCGCUACAAAUAAUAGGCGAACAAAUGGCACAUUGAAAUUGAAAGAAGAAAGUAUAGCAAUGGCCGAUAACAAUCGGUCAAUGUGGCAGAAUGGUACAUCGCCAGUGAAUUUAAUGGGUUAUGGGAAUGGUCGUAUGAUACAAGGAGGAAUAACAGCCAAUACACAACCGCCAAUGGUAUUAGUCGGUUCGCAAAUGACCGCCGUGAACAUGCAUGAAUCUACUCGUGCUAUUCAGCCUCAUCCUUAG